AUGAACUACUUCGUUGACUCCAACGGCGUGCUACAGCCCGGGCCGCCAGCGCGCCCGCAGCAGUGCCUCACGCUUCCCAACCUGGAGCGGACCUUGCACUCGCUGCGCCUGGGCGGCCGCUUCGUCUUUGAAGCUGAAAUCUGCGGCGCCCGCUUCGUGCUCUACCGGUUCCGCCGCGACGGCGGUGGGUCGUACCGGGUCGCCGUGCGCGUGCAGAAGCAGUGGCCAGCCGGCAUGCAGCCCGAGGCGAUCCAAAACGUGGUGCGCCGCGAGGUCUGCGUGCUCCAGAAGCUGGAAAGCGUCCGGUUCCAGUACGCGCCAAAGUGCGUCGCCUUUUGCCUGUCGUUUGACAACCCGAUCCGGCAGCCGUUUCUCGUGUUGGAGUGGGUGGCCGGCCAGCCGCUGGUCUGGACAAAGGACCACCCGGCGAUGGACCUGCGCAUACGGGUUCUGACGCAGCUUUUCCAGCUGCAGCAGGAACUGAUUGACAAGUCAUUGGAGAGCCGCGACAAGACGGCCAAGCAAUUUUACAUGCAGCUCAUCCACGACAAAAUAAUGGGCGCUCCUCGAGGGCCGCCAGGUAUGGGUGGCAUGCCUACCCAAGAGGACUACUGGGGCCAGUUGACACAGCUUGACGCCAUACUCGGUCCAAACCAAGGUGACCGGACCUAUGCAGUCGCUCACAACAACCUCGUGGCCGAAAACAUCAUUGUCGACAGCAACUACAACAUUAAAUGCAUUGUCGGUUGGAGCUACGGCGGCAUAUAUCCUCUUGGCCAAACCGCCACCUUGCCUCGCCUCUUCACCCACAACACGGGUAACGGCAGCGCCGAGGCGUGCAUGAUGGCCGAGCGGCUCUUCAACGACAAAAUCCAGUACCGGCACCCGCUGCACCUCCACAACGUCACCCUGACGCCGGCCAGGCAGGCCAUGAUGCAGUGGCAAAACGCGCAGGACGCCGAGCUUCGCGCCCUCUAUAUGCAGUCGAUGCAGCACAGCGACGUCCUGGCGUGGCUGGCCCGGCACGGGUGGCGGAUACCGCGGCUGCGCGCGUACCACGAUGUGCCGAUGCUGCCGGGGCUGAUGACGCAACCGCGGCGUGGCAGCCUGUACGGGACGCGGGAAGAGGAAGCUGAGCCGUUCGAGGAUGAGCUGGAUUGUAAAGCCGAGCCGUCGACGUGA